UUGGUUCCCGUCAAACAAUGAACACAUCUGCACUUAAGGUGGGCGAUGGAGACCUCAUUCAAGUGGAUACUACAGACAACCUUUCAGAUGGAUUGUGGCAUGCCAACCACACCCAUUAUGACCAUGACAAUGGAACUUCCUUAAGUAGUUACGAUAUCCUGAUCCCCACACUCAACUGUUUGCUUUGCCUGGUGGGACUCGUCAGCAAUUCUUUGGUCAUCUUCACCAUUGUCCAACAGGCCAAGAUGAGAAGAGUGGCUUCCAACAUCUAUAUCUUCAACCUGGCCAUGGCUGACGGCUUGUUCAUGUUGGGGCUGCCCUUUCUAGCUCUGCAGAUCGCCCUCCAUCGCUGGCCCUUUGGGGGCUUCAUGUGUAAGUUGGUCAUGAUCCUGGAUAGCAUCAACCAGUUCACCAGCGUCUUCUGCAUCACUAUGCUGAGCGUCGACAGGUACUUGGCGGUGGUGCACCCUAUCAGGUCCUACAAAUGGCACAACCCAAGCCUGGCCAAGAAAAUCAGUCUCAUGUUGUGGUUGAUCUCCUUCAUACUUGUGAUCCCCUUAGCAAUCUAUUCAGACGUGGACCACACUUUUGGAAUAUGUACCUUCAUCUGGCCCGAGCCUGUGUUUAUGUGGAACACUGCUUUCAUUGUCUACACCUUUGUGCUCGGCUUUGUCUUGCCGUUCAUCAUCAUCACCCUCUGCUACAUCAUGUUGUUGGUUAGAAUAAGGACUAAAGCAGUGACACCCUGCAUACAGCACUCAGAUAGUUCAGAGAAGAAAAUCACCUGUAUGGUGGUUGCUAUAGUGUUGGGCUUCGCUAUUUGCUGGCUGCCAUUCUACCUGAUUAACGUCUGCUUCCUCUUCCUGCCCCUGACUGUCAGCUUCCCCAUCAAGAGGCUCUUCGAGUUCAUGGUGACUCUCUCCUACUCCAACAGUUGCCUCAACCCCAUUCUCUACAUCUGCCUGUCGGAGAGUUUCUGGAGGAGUUUCCAGAUGAUGCUCUGCCCUCAAUCUGUCAGGAGGAAGAAGGUGACAGUGUGGGAAGAUCAGCGGAUGUGUGAUCUGAAAGAUUGUCAGUUGACCCUUUCCAGUGGUGAAAUGGAAAGCAUUCUCACGUGCUGAGGAUGUCUUCCUUCCUUUACAUUCAGACAAACAAUGGAGAUAGAGCACAAGUGAUUCCAGUCAAGAACUCAUUGCACAGUUACAGAGGAAACAAUAGACCACAGUCAACAUGAAACAACUAUAGUAUGCCUCGGUUUCCAAUUUACACUGAAAUUACAGAAAAAAUGCACAGGAACCACUUUGUUUCUUUUGAACACAACUCGAUCGCUUGCAGAGAGUUUUGCUUUUUAACAAAGAGCCAGGCUGAAAGUUGAAUUGGAAGCCAAUAUUUUAUACCGUCGUAGCAGACGUCCAUGCUCAUUCAUAUUUGUCUAAUGAUAGAUGAUACAAAUCGUUUCCAAAAUUCAGUUUGAACCCCCAAGAUUGCUUAAAGCAGACUGCAGCCCAUGCAUUUUCAGUGGAUCAUAAUAAUAAUAAUAAUAAUCCUUGCACUUGAUAUAGUGUUGAGAUGUUUCAAAGCGCUUCACAGAAUA